CGCGAAUGGCACUUGACCGAUUUCGACAUCGGACGCCCACUCGGCAAGGGCAAGUUCGGCCGCGUAUACAUGGUUCGCACCAAGACCGCGCCCCACUACAUCCUUGCCCUCAAGUGCCUGUACAAAUCCGAGAUCGUCCAGUCGCGCGUCGAGAAGCAGAUCCGGCGCGAGAUUGAGAUCCAGCAGAACCUGCGACACCCCCACGUCCUCCGGCUGUACGGCUACUUCCACGACGAGAAGCGCAUAUUUUUGAUGCUCGAGUUCGCGGGCAAGGGCGAGCUGUACAAGCAGCUGACGAAGUACGGGUGCUUCACCGAGAAGCGGAGUUCACGGUAUAUCGACCAGAUGGCCGACGCGCUCAUGUACCUCCAUGGGAAGCACGUCAUCCAUCGUGAUAUCAAGCCCGAGAACCUGCUGCUUGGGAUUAAUGGCGAGCUCAAGAUUGGGGACUUCGGGUGGAGCGUACACGCACCUGGAAACAGGAGGAAAACGCUAUGCGGCACACUGGACUACCUUCCGCCGGAGAUGGUCGAGGGCCGCGAACACUCAGAGAAGGUCGACUACUGGGCACUGGGCGUGCUCACGUACGAGUUCAUCUGCGGUGCACCACCAUUCGAGGACCUGAGCGGAUACAACGCGACGUACAAGCGCAUACAGCGAGUAGACCUGAAGAUUCCGUCCAAAGUGUCGCCAGAAGCCCGCGAUCUGAUCACGAGGCUCCUCCAGUACGACCCAGACAAGCGUAUCCCGCUCACCGAGGUCAGGAAACAUCCGUGGAUCGUGAAGUACAGGUCGAAAGGCCACUCCACUGCGGGCGUGGCGUAG